CUCAGUUGUUGAGCUGCCGGGGUGCACCUUAGUGUAAACAGAGACUAUGGCUGACGAGGAGGGAGGGGGAGACCGGAAUAUCAACAACAACAUGGGAAACCAGUUAGAGCUUUUACCGGAAAAUGAAGAGGAAGAUGAAGCUGAGAUGGAAACUGAAGAUCAUGACGGUGAUGGAGCAGCAAAACCAAACAUUAUCAACUUUGACCCCAGUCUCCCAACUUCACAUGCUUACCUGGGCAUGGAUAUGGAGGAGUUCCAUGGACGGACAGUGCACGAUGAGGACAGCUGCCAGAUGAUCCCAGUGUUGCCUCACACAGCAGUCAUGCUCAUCCCUGGACAGACCUUGCCUCUGCAGCUGUUCAGGGCUCAGGAGGUCAGCCUGAUGAGGAACCUUAUCCAGAAGGACAGGACCUUCGCUGUGCUUGCUUACAGUGAUGCAGGGGACAGACAGGCAGAGUUCGGCACGACAGCAGAAAUCUAUGCAUAUCGAGAGGAGCAGGAGUAUGGCAUCGAAACUGUCAAGGUGAAGGCAGUGGGAAGACAGCGGUUCAAGGUGCACGAGAUCAGAACACAGGCUGAUGGGAUCAGACAAGCGAAGGUGCAGAUACUCCCUGAGAGAGUCCUCCCUCCCACCCUGUGUGCAGUCCAGCUCAACUCCCAGUCCAGACUCCACAUGCACACCGCAUCCAGACCGCCUGCCAAGCAGUGCAGACAGGUGCAGCGCUGGUGGGACAAGUACCAAAAGUACAUUUUGAUGCUUUAUUACAACAGAAUGAGGCCUUCUUGCAGCAUCACGCUUGGGGAAAUCUCUCACCUGGCAUCCCACCUGAGCUGUUUUGCGAGAAAAUUUCAUUGUGCAAAUCUGACAUCUUGGCCUGCCUGGGUGUAUUCCUUGUAUGACUCGGAAAUUCUGAUGGAUAGAGUGAAGAGACAGCUACAUGAGUGGGAUGAAAAUCUGAAAGAUGAGUCUCUUCCAUCAAACGCUAUAGAUUUCUCUUACAGAGUGGCAGCUUGCCUGCCCAUUGACGAUGCCCUGCGUAUACAGCUACUCAAAAUUGGCAGUGCCAUCCAGAGACUACGCUGUGAACUGGACAUAAUGGACAGGUGCACAUCGCUUUGUUGUAAGCAAUGUCAUGACACAGAGAUAACUACAAAAAAUGAAAUUUUUAGCCUGUCUUUGUGUGGACCCAUGGCUGCCUAUGUCAAUCCCCAUGGAUAUGUUCACGAGACCCUGACAGUGUACAAGGCAAACAACCUCAACCUGACAGGCAGGCCGUCGACUUUGCACAGCUGGUUCCCAGGAUACGCCUGGACAAUAGCGCAGUGCAGAACCUGUGGCUCUCACAUGGGCUGGAAAUUCACUGCUACCAAGAAGGACAUGUCUCCACAGAAGUUCUGGGGAUUGACUCGCUCAGCAAUGCUUCCUCGCAUCCCUAAGUCAGAGGAUGAGGAUGAGGAGGAAGGCUCCAGGCAGCUUUGCCUGUAGUGUGAAUACCGAAAAACCAAGAAAGCUUCCUUGUCAGAAUUCACAAGGAAAGUAUACUGGUUCUCAAAUAAGUACAUAUUAGUAACAAUAAACAAUUAUGUAAUAAAAGCUGGCUUGUGACACCCGCGUAUACCUACAGUUUAUGUUUCCAGAUGGUGGAGGUGGUUAGCUGUGUCAGAAACCAGAGAGCAAUAUGCAACUUAUAAUGUGCCAAUAACUGCAGUACAGUGCUGUGAGCUAGGGAGAAAAAAGCUAACUUAAUGCUCAACACUCUCAUAUCCUAACCCAACCAUGCUAGCCUUCUGAGAGCCGGGUUACUAUGGGUUCAUUAUAUCAUACAAGACAUAACAUAUCUACAUAUCUAAUAUAGCAUUGGAUUUCUAGCGUUUGAGUUAUAUAAUUUUUUUCUCCCUUUUUCAGUAGCCUGUGGUAAUCUAGGAACUUCAUAGUUUGCAGUGUCUCAGUGGUACUGCAAAGAAUGUGCAAAUCUGCAUGUGGUUCAGUAGGCUUUUUAGUAUGGCUAGACAUGUACUGUAGGGAAAAAGAUACUGUUCCCUAAGUCUGUUUUCAGUAAAUGACCUGUGUCAGGUGUCAUUGUUUUAGUCCUCAGUGUUAAAGUUCAGAUAACUGUGACAUGUUACUAAUUCUUUCUAAAAAUAAUACAUUUGGAUACAGUAUGUUCAAAAUUUUACCAUGUUCAAGGAAUGUUAGACAAAAGAAAUCAAGUACUGUAUCUUUAGUGCAUAUAUUUGGGGGUUUCAUAAAAAGAUUCCACAUUUUCAUUAAUAUCCCUGUUAGAUGUUGCAUAAUGUUCACAUGCAGUUCACACUUAUCACUGAGGGUCCAAGAAGGAACCAAUACUGCUGAAAACUGUACCUGUCUCGAUUGGCUUCAAAUGAGUUCAUUUGAAUCAUAUUUUUGUUAAUUAUGGAGAUAAAAAUAAAAUGAGGCAGUUGCAAAGAGGGACAUGUUUUUACAUUUUUAAUUGUGUUUUUUGUUUUGCAGGAGUUUAUUUAUUUUUGAUUGAGAUCUUUUAUUUUUGGUACUUGCUGCUGUAUGAGAUAUAAUGUGGCUCAUUGCGUCAUUGAGUAAUAAGACAAUUUUAUUGCAUGCAUUGGGAGUGGAACACCCAGACAGAUCUCACAUCUUAACUAUGUGUUGUUAAAUGUCUUAAACAUUCUUUUUAGUUCCUUAUGAAAAGCAGGAAAUAUUUUCUAUGCUUGAAUUUUUUUUUCUCUCAAUGUAAUACUUGGCAGUUGCAUGUUAAACAAAAUUCUCGUUAAUUUCCUGCACAUAUGAAUUUAUAAAAUGUCUCCACACCAGAAUGUUUGUAAAUGUGUCAGUUUUGUUAUCAAAAAGGUUUUUUAGUUAUUUGAUUUCAUCUAUCCAUCCAUUUUUUAGCUUCAUCCACUUUCAGAGUCGGGGGAGCGUAUCCCAGCAAGCAGUUGACAGAAGGCAGGACAGUAUGCUAGUCCAUCACAGGGCAGACAGGUACAUGUACACACUCACAGAAGGGCCACUUUUCCCAAAAGCCGAUUAUUCUAGCAGUGUUUUUGGACUGCAGGAGGAAACUAGAACACCUAGAGUAAACCCAUGUGAACACGAGGAGAAACAAACUCCAUGCAGAUAGCACCCCAGGUUCGGAAUUGUAAUGCAAAUUCAAUUCAUUUUUUAACUUUUUUACAAUUCCAAACAUGUACAUCAUAUAGGCAUUUUCUGAUUUGCAAAAUGGGCACUUGGGUGAUAAAUUAGCUUUAAACUGAGCCAUUAUCAAUGGCGUAUAAUAUAUACGAAGGAGUACAUUAAAUUGACUUAAUAUAUGUUUAGUGGUAGUUACAUUUUUGGGGGAAUUUCAUUAUACUUUCUGUCAUUCUACUACUGAAUAUUCACAUUGCAAAUCCUGUUCACAUUUGACCUUUUUUGGAUAAAAUCACAUCGCAUUUCUGAAUUCAACACAUUUUAGAGAUAAAACCUUUAAGGGUUUAAAUACUUUGGAUUGUCUUUUCAAUUGAUGUUUGGUAAACAAUAGAAAAUACUUUUUUUAUUUUACUGUAUCCAAGUUUUGUGUCUGCAAAUAUUUACACAUUUUUUGAGGUAUAUUAUGUUUUAUUGUCUCAAAAUCUAAAAAAAGUUUCCUCACCACAUAAAUCAUCUAGUUCAGUAAUACCGUUCUCCUGCCAUUUAAGUAAUACUAUCUAAAAUAGAUCGUAGAACAAAGAAGUAUCCCAUAAAGGAAGAAAUUAAGUCAAAAUUUUACUUUUUCCCCAACAAUUUAUGACAUUCUUGCCGACAUUUAUAGUAGUGGUGUAUACAGUUAUUGGUUCACUAUUUAUCGUAUCUACAGCUUUCAAGGAUUCCAUUUAAAGUAUGGCUCUUAAAGAUGUAUUCACUAUUUGUUGCUCCAAUAAUAACCAAGAUGGCAUAGCUAGGUUUAAUCAAGUUCCAAAUACAUCUUAAUUGACCAGCCAAAUAAAAUAACAAAAUUUGGAAUAUGUAAACUUUUUCAAAAGGAGCUUACAGUGCUGAAACGUACCUUCCGUUUUCCCAACAUAAACUGCUGUAAUAUCUCUGUUAGUUAAUAUUGCUAGAGCUUAAGGUUCAAUGGCUAAAGAAAAUAAAAUAGAUACCUCUUCCCAGUGUAAAGGGCUUUGAUAACUUAUCAUUAGUAAGUAUCUAUGGUUUAGUUGAUUUGUAAAAACUUCUAAUGAAAUUCACAAAUAUACUGUAUCUCCAAAAUUCAUCUUAAUGUUUGAAAUAAAUCCCACCUAAUCUAUAAGGUGUUUUCUGCAUCUAAA